AUGUCGGACGUAGAAGAGAACAACGCCCCCGAGGUUGCCGAGGAAGUCGAAGUCUCCGCAGAUGCCUCCAAGGGCUCCAUGUCCGUUCUGGACGCCCUCAAGGGUGUUCUGAAGCUCGCGCUCAUGCACGAUGGUCUCGCCCGCGGUCUCCGUGAGGCUUCCAAGGCCCUCGACCGUCGCCAGGCCCACAUGUGUGUCCUGAACGAGGCCUGCGAGGAGGAGGCUUACAAGAAGCUCGUCAUUGCCCUGUGCUCCGAGCACAAGAUCCCCUUGAUCAAGGUGCCCGACGGAAAGCAGCUCGGCGAGUGGGCUGGUCUCUGCGUUCUUGACCGUGAGGGCAACGCCCGCAAGGUCGUCAACUGCUCCUGUGUCGUUGUUAAGGACUGGGGUGAGGAGUCGCAGGAGCGCAGCGUCAUCCUCAACUACUUCCAGACCGAGCAAUAA